UUCGAUCAUGCAUUUGCCAUAUUAAUGGUGUGCCACGUACGACGUCGUACGUAUAGUGGCGCAUUUUGCCAUGGUCACCACGGGGCGGCGGAGUCAUUCAGCGCCGGUUGGCGUUGUGUCCGUGCAUUCGUGCAUGCGUGAAGCAGCACGCCAGAACACCCGUUAACAAAUGUUGUCGCUUCGCUUUUACACAUAGCAACGCACAACCUUGCUGUUACAUAUUGUCAUUUCUGCAUUGUUAAGCAACUCAACCCGCCAUUUAAAAUGCACCUGUAGAUAUCCAAUAUCCGUUCACGAACCCUACUAGCCCGUGUUGCACUAUUAGAGGUCUCUAGACCAGGGGGGGAAAAUGUGUGGUAGCAUGUUCAAGUGUUUGCAAUGCAUCCACCAGCAUCAUCGUCAAGCAGUGCAGGACCCCAAGCCCGUGAUGGAACCGUCGUCGAGCUUCGACUUCCGGGAGGAGUACACCAGCGCGUUCCGCACCGAGUCCUACAACGACUUCUGGGCGCGCGUCCUGGACAUCACCCUCGCGCACGGCGCGGGGCUGGUGCCGCGCCCGGGCGGCGGCGGCGGCAAUGGCGUCACGCCGUCCAAGCGCCUCCCCUCCUACCGCCUCUUCGCCGAGCAGCUCCUCGAGCCGGACCAGCGCGCCGUCCGCGCGGCCCUCGCCUCGCCCCGCAGCGGCAAGCUCCACCCCGGCGUGCGCGACCUCCUCGCCACCUACUACAACGAGACGGCCAGCGCGUCGUUCCUGUGCAGCCACCUCCUCAGGGACAUCGAGCAGAUCCGCCUCCGGUACCGCCCGCUCAAGACCACGCUCCGCAAGCUCGCCCGUGACGUCGGUGUGUCCAACCUCGCCGACGUCUCCGCGGCCCUCGGCCAGCCCUUCGCCGCGCUAGCCGUGUCGCAGGGCAAGCUCCGGCAGGUGCAGCUCAGCUCCGCCGACCUGCUCAGGAGCCUCGAUGCCAGCAGGAAGAAGGCGCGGCUCCGGAUCAAGAGCCUCGCCCGGCUCAGGCAGCUGCUCUCGGCUUCCUUCAUCACCGUCGUCGCCGCCGUGGCCGUCGUGGGCGCGUUCAUCGGCGUGCACAUCCUGGCCGCGUUCGCGGCGUUCCCGAUGAUGUCGCCGGCCUGGCUGGGCCUCUUCUCCGGGCGGUCGGUGAGGCGAGCACUGGUGCAGCUGGAGGCCGCGGCCAAGGGCACGUACAUACUGAACCGGGACAUGGACACCAUAAGCCGCCUCGUGGCGCGGCUGCGCGACGAGGGGGAGCACAUGCUCGCGCUGCUGCAGCUGUGCGUGGAGCACCGCGCCGCGGCCGGGGAGAAGGGGAGGCUGGUACAGGAGGUGCUGAAGCAGCUGUGCAAGAACGAGGAGAGCUUUAGGCAGCAGCUGGAUGACCUGGAGGAGCACCUCUUCCUGUGCUUCAUGACCAUCAACAAGGCCAGGAGCAUGGUGAUGAACUUCAUAGCUGGCGCAGAGCAGAACUCUAGUUGACCACAAGGGAAAAAAAUGUGCUUGUAGGACAGACUAUAGCUUUGUAUAUACUAGUUUUUAUUUCUCAUCAGUAAAAAAAAGAGAAAAAAAAAGAUAGGCUAAGAUUUCGUAAAACUGGCCAUUGCUUUUGGAUUUUUUUUCUACGCAUCAGGCAGCAGAUUGCAACAUUCCAAAUAGUGACGCCUGAUUAAGGGUUUUACUACAUGCACCUGCAUGUUAAAUUUCAGUACUGCGAAGCUAAAAAAAAGCCACUCCAGUGGAUUUUUGAAGAUCCCAGAAUACAGCAUCACAGUACAACUAAUGGGGCAAGUAUACAUUUGUGGCUUUACAAAACUUAUGAUUUGAUAAUACAUGAUAA